AUGCUGAAGUCCAAUGGAUCCUAUGGCUACACACCUGUGGGGCGAACUGCCACGCAGAAGGCGGUCAUGGACAACCACAAGCAAUCGAUGUUCAUUCUGGGCAUCGGAUUGCUGUUGAUCUUCAUCGUGCUGAUCUUGGCCUUCUGCUACACUUGGUACUCAACGAAAGUGCCCUUGUCCUGUACUGCCCCCUUGUCGCUCUACUUCUGGCUCGAGGGCAUCUCCAACUUUUUCUUGGCGGUCCUGCUCGUGAUUGGCAUGUACCUGAUGCAGGGGAUGAUGCUUGCGGUGAGCCAUCAUGCAGUGGCCCAGAUCAUGGAGGAGCAUGCCCAGACCUAUUCGAUCGCCGGGGGCCAGCACUCCGUGUCCGCCGCGGCGCACCGGUCAGAGCUCCAGGAGAGCGCCUUGCACUACGGUGGCGGGAUGACGGCGGUGUUGGUGCUCCAAUCCAUGGUGAUGCUCGCACAAGUGGGGCUGGGAAUCUACGGCAUCAUUCAGGUCGUACGGCUCCAGCAAGAAGGCGAAGCCUAUUUGUGCAACGACUCCAUCAACGUUUUCUGGGUCUUGAUUGGAUUGCAUUUCAUUCAGAACACCUGCGUCCUUGGCAAGCUGGGUAAAGGCUUGCAGCACCAUCCUCGCGGUGCAGACGAGGACCUGGAGGAAAGCGACUAG